CGAAAGGUCUUGCGCAUGCGCAGUCCGGUUUGCAACAUCUGUCACAUCUUUUGUUGGUACAUAUUCAGACAACGAGCUCCUCCAAACGUUACGGAAAUACGCAGCGGUUUCCCUCACCAUGACAUCCCGCGUCAGCUUCAGAGCUGCUGGUACCAAUGGAAGUGACUUCAAACCAAGAGAGAGGAUGGCCCCACAAUACCAAAUGAGUGCUGCCCUGAAGUCAGAGGUGCGUAAGUUAAACCUGGUCCACCUUCUCCUCUGGCUGCUGGUGGCAGCACAGGUGACUGUCAGCCAGUUCGACCUGGUCUCACAUGACACAGUGUCCAUGCCGUACCAGUGGGAGUACCCCUACCUGCUCAGCCUCCUCCCUCUGCUCUGCAGCAGCCUGUCACUGCCAAAGAACAAUAUCAGUUACCUGGUCCUAUCCAUGAUCAGCGCAGGGCUGUUCUCUAUAGCACCUCUCAUUUAUGGUGGAAUGGAGAUGUUUCCUGUAGCGCAGCAGCUCUACCGCCAUGGAAAGGCCUACCGCUUUAUUUUUGGCUUCUCUGCAGUGACUGUCAUGUAUCUCAUCAUGGUUGUUGCUGUUCAAGUGCAUGCCUGGCAGUUAUAUUACAUGAAAAGACUGUUAGACUCAUGGUUCGAAGCCACUCAGGAGAAGAAGAAGAAAUGAUGGAGUGAAGAAAGCUGUGACUGGGCAAAACUGUGUUUUAAUCUUAAUUUAUUAUAAGAUGUGCAUCUUAUUCAUGUCUAUUUAUUCAGUCACCAUUAUCAUGUAACAUUAUACCUUAGACACCAGUGUUCUCUGACACAGAUGUAUAGUAGAGUGAGAUGUACACUGCAGGCAGGAACCUGGGUUUUCUGUAAUUAUUAUUUAUUAUUAUUUAAUAAGUGUUGUCUUUUUCUACAAACAGAGAAAUAAGUAAUUUAGUAAAUAUCCUGUCUCCUUCAUUUAAGUCUACCUCUCGCGAUAUGUUUUUAUCAGAGUGCAUUUAA